AUGGCCUUCCACCACACCACCGAGACGUCCCUCUCGGCGCCAAGCCAGCCGGCCUCGCCCUCUUCCCUCGAUGGGAUGUCUGCCGGUGGCCCGGGUGGUGCCCUCUCCGGCAUGUACCCCUACGAGCGCCUGGACUCGCCCGUCCCCUCGGAGUUUGGGGCCCACCCGCGGCGCUUCUCCUCCAUGCCCGGUGGCGGGGACCUAACCGAGAGCACCUCCCCCGGCGAUUCGGCCAUCUAUCCCGAGGCCGGCGACUCGGAAUAUUCCGGCUUCUCCAACUCCCCGCAUCAUGGUGCCUUCACCGGGGGCGCUGGAUCUGGCUCUGCCACCGCCGCCACCACCUUCGGCACUGCUUCCCGGUAUGAGCACUUCGGGGCCCACCCCGCCGGCGGUCCGGUCGACGAGGACUCGGGCGCAGGUGGCCCCGCUCAUUCGGCCGACCGGCGUCGGCCCUCCGGCCUGGUGCUCCCCAACGGCGCAGGCCCCUCCCAUCCGGCGUUGGCAGCGGCCAAGUUGAAUGCCGGCAACGGGGGCCCCUAUGCCGGGCCAGGCUCGCAUGCCAGCCUCCUGGGCUCCGGUCCUGCGGGGUCCAUCCCCUCACCGCGCACCUUCCUGGCCGAGCACCUGAAUGAGAUGACCAUCGACUCGCCGGAUGGCGGGCGCGAUGGCACCCAUGGCGGUGGAUCCACCUCUUCCUUGGCUCAGCCGUCGCCGUCGCUGGAUUCCCUGAGCGCCAGUGGGCUUGCACGGCCGCGGUCCCGUGGUGCCCCCUUCCCCGGGGUCAGCCCGUCCGGCGUGGUUGGGUCCUCCUCGUCUCCCUCCCUGCCGGCGGCGGCCACUGGUCCCGGCUCGUCGGAGGCCACGGCGCCGUCGUCCAUCGAUCAUGACGCCUCGGCGUCCUUCUUUUCUGGCGGCGGCGGCGGCGGCGGCGGCGGCGGGGUUCUCCCCUCGCCGACGCAGUCGCCCAGUGGCUCGCCGCACCUGACGGCCCCCGGCAGCCCUGGCAGCCCGGCUCCCCUGCGGUCGCGGUCUUUCUCCGGGUCCUCGGCCCAGCCGCAGCGCGGCUGGAACCCCUCCAUCCGCGCGGCCCUGCAGCAACACUACCAUUACCAGCAGCAGCCUCGGCAUCCCGGGCAAUCCGGCAAUGGUCCCACCUCCGGGGAUGGGUUUUCCCCCUCGGGGCAUGGGACCUCCCCGGCGCCGGGCUCGCCGCCUUCCUCGGUCGCGGGGAUGGCCCUGCCCACGGCUCGGCAGCGUUCGCAUUCCCACACCACCGGCGGCAAUGCCGCCGGGCACUUCCCCGGGGAGUGGAAUACCCCGGCAGAGUCGGGCACCGGGAGUCCGACGGCCCCACUGCCGGGUGGGGCAUCGCCCGCCCCCUCGCGCGGCUUGGCCAUCCCGCCGGGCAACCCCGGUGCCACGGGCUCCACCGCCUCCCUUCCACACAUCAGCGUCCCGCCGUCGGCCUUGUCUCCCUCAUCGCCCCUGUCGCCGAAGUCGGCCCUGGGGCUUGGCAUUGGUGGUGGCCCGGUCGACCCGAGUGGGUCUUUCAACUUCGCGUCGGCCGGCGGCUCGCGCCCUAGCUCGCCGCUGACGACCACCGCCCCGGCCUCGCACUCGCCACUUCCGUCGCCGCUUCCGGGCGACCUGUCCAAGCGCGAGAUCAAGUCCCAGACCCACCACCCGCGUGCCCGGUCGCAGUCUCUCACGUCGCGGUCUCUCCCUUCGGCGACCAUCGAUCGGAGCACCAGUCGCCUGCGGUACCCGGUUGCCCCGUCGCCUCUCGGGACCGAGGUGGACUCGGAUGUGGAGACCGGUGGCCCGGUGGCCCCGAGUCCUGGGCCCGCGGGCGAGUCGAUGCCCUCGGCGGCCGGCUAUCACCAUCACCACCAGCAGCAGCAGCAGCAGCAAUCAUAUCACCAGCAGCAGCAUCAGCAGCCGUCGCACCAGUACUCCCAGUACCAGCAGCAUCCCCAGUAUCAGCAGCAGCCGCAGCAGCCAUACCAAGGCCAGUAUCCCCCCCAGCAGCAGCCGCAGCAGCAGCAGCAGCCAUACCACGGUCAGUAUCACCCGCAGCAGCAGCAGCAGCCGCAGCAGCAGCAGCAGCCGUCGCACUACCAGCAGCCAUAUCAACAGCAGCCAUAUCAGCAGCAGCAGCACCACCACCAGCAGCAGCAGCCAUACCAGCAGCAGCCGUAUCAGCAGCAGCCAUACCAGCAGCACUCGGCCCAUCAGUACCAGCAGUACCAUCACCACCAGCAGCAGCACCCGCAGCAGCAGCAGCAGCAGCAGCAGCACAUGUACCACGGUCAUGGCCCGACAGAUUACACCAUGGCCGCUGGUGUCCCCGAUGAGCAGGGUCGCAUGUCGCCAGACCUGACCACCACCGGUCCCCCCGGGGCCAAUGGAGACUCGGAUGGCCUGGCUUCGCCGCAGCACUCGUCACCGCGGUCGGCCGGCGCGCCGGGCAGUCUGGCGGCCGGCCGCCGUACAGUGGCCACCCCUUCCCACGGGAGCGGGAAUGCCAUGGCCGGGGCCGGGGCCGGAGCGGCGGCCGAUCCCGAUGCCGAGAGCGGCCUCGAGUCGGAUGGCGGGUCGGGGCUGGACUCUGACGGCCAGGACUCCGGGUCGGACUCCGACGAUGGGGACUUCCCCGAGGCGUCGGCCAACGGCGGGGCCCUCGAUGGCGGGUCCGGCAAGGGCUCCUCCAGUCGGUCGCGCGGCCGGUCCGGGUCCAUGUCCUUCGGGACGAGUGGGCCCCUCGGCGGUCGGUCUGGCGGGGACCUGUCGCACCUGCCAGCCGGAGCCGGGGGCCGGACCGGCCGGAGCUCCCUCAUUGCUGGCGGUCAAAUCCGCGUCGAGGGAUCCAAGAAGCUGUAUGCGUGUAUCUUUGACCCGGGGAAUUGCGACCGGGUGUUCAAGCGGUCGGAGCAUCUGAAGCGCCACCUGCGCACGCACACCGGCGAGAAGCCCUUCACCUGCAGCUUCCCCGAAUGCCUGAAGACAUUCUCCCGGUCGGAUAACCUGCAGCAGCACAUGCGCACGCAUCAGACCCAGUCAGAUCGUGGCAGUGGGGUCGGCAGUGCCACCGGCAGCAAUGGGUCCCUCGGGCCGCCUCCUCUGAGCCCGGUUCUGCAUGGCGGCAUGAAUGGCGGCGGGGGUUCCAACUACAUGUUCCCCUACUCGUCGGCGGGCCCGGCGGCCGGCAGCCCGCUCAAGAGCAUCACCCUGCCCUCGUCGCCGACGAUCCCCUCCUCGAUGAUGGGUGGCGGCCCGGCCGGGGCCAAUGGGUCCAGUGGGUAUUUGGCCGCCGGUGCCGGGGGCAUCUCCCCCUCGAUCACCCUCUCCUCGUCCUUGCCCGGGCCCGGGGGGAUGAUGCCGCAUCAUCAUCCGCACAUGCGGAACAACCUUCCCCCGCCGAUUUCCACCUCCUCCACGGCCUUGCAUGGGAGCAACUCUUCGCUCUACUCCCCCGGGUCUCAGGGGCCCAUUUCUCCUCAAACCGGGCUUGCUGGCACCGGCGGCGGCAUUGGCAGCCACACCAUCGUCGACACGCCCACGUCCGAUGUGAUGGGCUUCCCCUCGCACCUGGGCUCGGGUGCUGGCGGCCAUCCUCACCAUCAUGGUCUUCACCAUGGCGGCAGUGGGGUCGGUGGCCCGGGUGGACAUGCGCACCACCCCCACCCCCACCAUCCCCACCACCACCAUGCGGGCGGCGGCGGCCCCUCCGGCCAUCAUGCGCAUCAUGCGCACCACUCGCAUCACCACCCCCAUGCCGGUGCCGGUGGGCCCUUGCACCAGCAGCAGCAGCAGCAGCAGCAGCAGCAGAUGCAUCAUGGCAGUGGUGGGGUCAGCGGCGGCGGCCACUCGGGCUCGCACCUGUCACAUCAUCCUCUAAGUGCCGGCUCGGGUUCGGGGAAUUUCUUCCUCUCCACCCAGUCCACCUCGCUGUCCGGUACUUUGACUUCCUCGCAGGACCAGAUGCAUCAUCUUGGCGGUGGGGGGGGUGCCGUGCCGGGUGCGGGGGGCGGCUACCCCUCGCCGCACAUGCAGCACUAUGGUGGUCGUGAUGGCGGCCCCGGUGGCAGUGGCUAUGCUUUGGACCAGCAUGCCUCCCCAUUGGGCACCAUGGGUCGGCCCUUCCCCGGGGGCUAUCCCUCUGCCACGUCGAUUCCCCUGUCUGCGACCGGGUCCCUGGGGCCUGGUCUCGGUGGCUCGGGUGUCGUUGGUGCCGGCGCCGGUGCCGGCGGCAGUGCAUCCGACCUGACGGCCACUCGGUCGCCACACGAGGGGGGCUUCCUGCAGUCGCAAGCUGGUGGCGGUCCCCCGGGAGGGUCGCCGCCCCUGCACCCGCAUAUCUCCCCCAUCGGUACCAUUCAUUCACAUACCAUGCAUCACGGUGCCGGAGCAGGGCCGGGCGCCCUCGCCGGUGCCGGUGGUGCUGGCGGUGGUGGCCGGGGUCUCCUUUCCUCGGGCAACUUCGCCGGCAGCGGCCCCGGCGGCGGUGGUGCCGGCUUCGAUGGAAGCGGGGACUUCCAUGGGAAUCCUCUCUCGGCGGGAGCCCGGGUCCCGGUGCCACAUCCCCACUUGUCCAUGGUGGACUUUGCCACGCCUGGUGCGCCGCCGGGGUCGCGGCAGUCGGCCAUCGGCGCCGGAGCGGCAGGCCCGCAUCAUCUCGGCACCGGGUCCCUGCUGUCGACGGCCAAUGCCAGUGGUGGCUUUGCCGGGCUGACAGACUUUGCCCUUCGGCCACGGUCUUCCUCCUUCCCGCACCGGGUUCCCGACAUUGCGGGCGGCGUUGACGCCGCUCAUCUCGGUGUCGAGGCAGGCGGGGCCUCCUUCCUGCACGCCACCGGCGGUGGGGCCGGGGUGGAUGACCGCCUGCGCACGGUGACCCCCGGUCUUGUCGGAGGCUCGUCGCUUGUGAGCCAUCUCGAUCAGCAGCAUGGUUCCCCGGUGGGUGCCGGUGGCAAGAUGCCCAGCAGCCCGGUGUACUCGGGCUUCCCGCGGCAUUCGUCGCAGCCCGGCGUGGCCGGCGGCGGAGCAGGCGUCGUCUCCCCGCGCGAUGGCUCGGAGUUCCUCGACGGCGCGGCAUUUAUGGAGCCUUCUGGCGGCGGCGGCGGUGGUGGUGGUGGCUCCUCGGGCGGAGGCGGCCCCGCCGGUGGUGCGGCGCACCUGGCCGGGCCGCACUCCUCGACCGACAGUCUGUCAGCGCCGGCCGGUGGUGGCGGUGGUGGUGGCGGUGGCUCCGGCACGUCUGGCAGCUUCUUCCGUGGUGCCGGUGGUGCUGGCGCCGGUGGCUCGAUGUCCCCGACGCAUUUGCUGUCGUCCCCGGGUGGCGGUGUCAUUGGUGGAGGACCCGGUGCUGGUGGUGGCUCCAUGAUCGGCUCCACCAGCGGCGAGCAUGGUGCUGCGUCGGUUGGCUUUUACGGCACGGUGAGCCAGUCAUCUCGGCCUCUGGGCAAGCCGCAGGCCGGGAGUGCCGCCGAUGCCACCAUGGAUUCGCUCGCCUCCGACUCGGCGCCCGGCGGGGGGGGAUACACCAGUGUCCCGUCGCCCCCGGAGGAGUCCGGUGCUCCGUCGGCGCCCUCCUCCUCGUCCUCCUUCAUGGGAGGCAACUAA